AUGCCACCAAGAGUGAGAUGCAAAGGAAAGGGUCCCAUGCGAGGUGGACCAUCAACAGGACCUUCCAAUUGGCGCACCCCGUCUGCGUCAUUUUCCAGUUCUGAUUCUCGUAACCAUUGGGGUCACUCUUUCGAACCAGCGAGACACUCUGUCUCGUUGAGCUCAUCACCUUCUUUUCAUCCAUCAUUCGGGCCGCCUGUUCCAGACGAGCCCCAGCAUUCACAACACUCCCAUAACUCUCAUCACUCGCAUGACUCUCACCAUUCCCAUAAAUCUUACCACUCUUUGCAUUCUCAUUCCUUUCAUCAUUCGGAUUCUACCUAUUCUCCGACCCAGUUUAAUCCCAAUGACUACGUCAACGACUUUUUGGGCUACAACCCUUUGGGACCCGAGGAUCACUUUCCUCAUGAAAUGGAGAUGGAUGACGACCCGGACCCUGAAAUGCAGACCGGAACACCGGGCCACCCAAUUAGCAUCUCGAGCAGUUCUCCAUUUCAGGGAUCACCGUAUCAAGGGCCCGAUUCAUUUCAAGAGAGGAUGGCCACGUAUGAUUGGUACUUUACUCCUUCAUACCAUAACUCUCCUUCUCAACCUCCUUUGGUUGAACCGCAGCUUCAAGCAGUUUCACCUCCACCACUUCCUGUUGAGGAGCCGCCUCAACAGCCACCUCCUGAGCCUCCGAGGCGAAGGAGGAAUGCACGAAUAUCUGUGCAGGGAGGACCUCGGUUUAGUUCUCCUCAGGGUUCAAGUUCUUACCCUCCUAUCCCCGAGGACCCCCAAAUGGGUGGACCCUCACACGCGGUGCCGGAGAACGAUCCUCCACCGGUUUCUUAUGCACCACCGCCACCGCCAAUGGGUUUCGACAACCUGAUCCCGACUUACCCAGGUUCGUCUGGGUAUAACCCAUCAGGAUACCCAUCGGAUUAUGGAACCCAUGAUCCAUAUCUCACUGCUGCAGAGUACAAUGCACUUUAUCCUUCUUCUUACCCUCCAGUUUACCUAACUGGAUAUCCGGUGCAGGGGUAUCAAUACCCCCCAUAUCAGCAACCUCCUCCUUCCCAACAGCAGCAAACUCAGGAGAUCCUGCAAAGGUUGGACAGGGUUGAACAUGAAGCAAAUGAAACCAAGAAGAAGCAUAAUAGCUUUCUCAAGGGCCUUGCGAGCCUUAUUAAGGGCAAGAAGAAGUAG